GUUCAGUGUUCAAGAAAUAGCUCUCACUAUGAAGCACAUACAACGCAACUUCCAACCACCAGUAGAAUACAAACACAAACUCAACAAAUACAUAAUCAAACAACCGACGUUUCCAGUUCAGCAGCGAACACAUUCAUUUUGAGUUACAAUGGAAGAACUGUGGCGUCGGGCAAAUCGAUAAUCACGGUAUCUGUUAGUUCCACACUAACAAUGCAAUACACUGUGACAAAUUUACACGAUAAACUAUUCGUUUGUCACAAUGAGAAGACAACGGAUCGUGUGUUUGAUCGCUAUCCAUUCCUAAUCAUACCAAACGUACAACAAUCAGACAGUGGGAUAUACGAAAUCAUAGCAAAAGAUGGGGAUGUAAAUACGAGAUUGUAUUUCAUAAUUCGAGUAAAGACAUCCUAUUCUGCAACAGCUACAUCAGAUCUAGGGAAAGGAUCGCUGCCUACGGAAAGUGUUACCACGGAUGAAACAAAUGGCUACACAAGGCGUCUCACAUCGACUAUAGUUACAAUAUCAGGUCACAAUGAGUCUAGACUACAUGUGCACGACACGUCGGAAAAAAUUGCAGUAUUGACUACAGCAUUCAUUGUCGUCUCUGUCUGUAUUCUUGUCUUUGCUCUGCCAACUGCUUUCCUUGUUUACAGAAAUCGUCAACGCUUGAAUUUGUUAAGCCGCAGGCUAGCCAACUUUAGUGAAGGAAAAAUUGGAGGAGAACAAACAAGUCCUACAGAUUCAAACGUUGAAGGCGUCAAACAAAAAGCAACUUUUAGCAAAAAUGAGGAAACAGUGAUGAUAUCGAAUUCAACGGCUGCGGACGCUGUGUACGAAUGUGUUGGAGAGGAUCGAGUGCGGCAAGUCACAGUGGAGUCAUCUCAUGAUUCACCAUCAGAUGUUACUGUUCAAGAAAAUGCCGCUUACGAAGUAGCAGUCUAAACUCAGCUAUUUACAGUGACACUUUUUGCCAAAAGUGUUUUGUAUUCACUUGACUAUAAUAUAUGACCAGCAUCCGGGUAACUGUAGAGCAGCUGCUUUUGUCAGUACUGUACUAUUAGAUGAGUGAAUGUCACAAAGACAGCAAAGUUUGCUUGUAUGGCAAAUAAAUGGCUUAAGUUGCAGUGUUGUAAUUUAUGUGGCUAGAAUCCAAAGAGAGAUCUGGGGAACGGCCUAAAUUUUAUGUCAACUAACUCCAACAAGAUCGGCAACACAUAUAAGUAUGACU